GAAGUUUCUCCUAGGGCCUCUCUCCCUGGACGACUCCUUGCUUUUGAGGACAAGAUGGACUACAACUCCCAGAGUGCCAAGCGGCAACAGCAGCGGGGUCUUGUUCGCUCGCUGUGGCUGGGCGGCUAGUUCAAGUUGCCAUAGCUGCGAGUCUGGAGAGAGCAGAGUCGGUUGCGCCGCAGCGUCAGGUGAUUUGGGGAAGGUGUAGGGCAACCAAAGAUCGUCUACUUGACUAAGCCUUUUGCCCUGAACCUCAUGAAGAAAUGAUAGGAGGCAGACAUAUGUGCCAAAGAAGAGCACUGAGCUCAGAGGAGAACAACACGGAGUUUUGGGGGUGUGUUUUGAUUGUGUACAUCAAUGGCAGAAUCCUCCAGCGAUUCAGAACACUUUCGCUCUCGUGACCGAUUGAGUCGAUGGUCUGCCAGGUCAACAUACAGGGAAAGUCUAAGUCGUCCUACAGUAGGCGUCACCGAGAAGGUCAACACUAUAACGAGUACUUUACAGGACACCAGUCGGAACCUGCGACAAGUAGACCAGAUGCUUGGACAGUAUCGAGAAUAUAGUAAUGGACAGGCGGGUGCUAUAGAACAUUUAAAAGAAAGCUUGGAACAAUCAAUAGGCCAAUUGCGGAGUCAGCGUUUAUUGAGAAACUCAGGAGGGAGAAGUAUUUCUGUUACAAGUCUGAGUGCAAGUGACCUCGAUGGUGGCACUGUGACAGAGAGCUACCGUUUUCCACCUACCUCACCUCUCCAGGACUAUGGGGAUCAGCAGGGGAGUAAACGAAUUAGGUCCAGAACUGGUGUCCGAUUUGUUCGGGAGACUGACGACAUGGGCCAGUUUCAUGCUUUUCAUCAGUCCCUCCGAGACCUCAGCAGUGAACAAGUUCGGCUUGGAGAUGAUUUCAAUCGGGAAUUUGCCAGAAGAAGCCGGUCGGAUGCUGAAACAAAAAGGGCUUUGGAAGAAUUAGCUGAAAAACUUAAUGAAGCCCAAAAGCAAGAAGUGGUUUCAGAUCGGGUGGAACGACGGCUUCAGGAAAUAGAGAGAGAGAUGCGCACAGAAAGGGAGCUGGUGGAAAGACGGCAGGAUCAACUGGGACUUAUUUCUUUGCAGCUACAGGAGGCACUGAAGAAACAAGAAGCUAAAGCAGAUGAAAAUGAGGGAGCCAUGAAAAAUAAGCUAAGACAGACUGAAACUGAGAAGAGUCAACUUGAACAAGAAUUGGAGCUAUCUCGAAGGUUAUUGAAUCAGUCGGAAGGCAGCAGAGAAACACUUCUGCAUCAGGUAGAAGAGCUCCGUACACAACUUUUGAAAGCAGAAGGUGAUCGAAAGGGUUUACAGCAUCAAGUGUCUCAGAUUUCCAAGCAACAAUCAAACCAUCAAGAUGAACAAGGAGAUGACUGGAGGUUUAGGAGAGGGGUUGAGCGGGAAAAAGAGAAUCUGGAGAAGCAGAUGUCAGAUUUGAGGGUGCAGCUGAACUUCAGUGCAAUGGCAUCUGAGUUAGAGGAAGCAAAGCGGUGCAUGGAGCGAAAAGACCAGGAGAAGGCACAUUUUGCAACGCAAGUAGAGAAUUUAACACGUGAAUUGGAGAACAGGGAAAAGCAGCAACUACAGAUGUUGGAUCAACUUAAGGAGAUCCAGAAUCACUUUGAGACUUGUGAGGCCAAACAUAAGCGCGCUGACCUUCAGAUCUCAGAGCUGACUCACCAUGCUGAGGAUGCCACCAAACAGGCCGAGCAGUACCUUCUCGAGUUCCAGCAGUCAGAGGCCCUGAGACAGGCAGCGGAGAAGAGGAGAGAAGAGCUGAAGACGAAAGCUCAGGAGUCCAUUAGACAGUGGAAGCUUAAGCAUAAGAAAAUAGAGCGAGCACUGGAGAAGCAGUCUGAAACCCUUGAGCAACUGACAGACAAGAAUAAUCAGAUUCUAAAAGAAAAGGAUGAAUUGAAAAGCCAGCUUUAUGCAGCGUUACAACAGAUAGAGAAUCUUCGAAAGGAAUUGAAUGACGUCUUAACCAAGCGUGCCCUUCAAGAGGAGGAACUUCACUGUAAGGAGCAGAAACUAAGUGAUAUUAAGGCUCAUCAAGCUGACCUUGAACUAGAAGUCAAGGAUUCCCUGGACACUAUCCAUAGGCUGGAAAGUGAAUUGAAGAAGCAGAGUAAGAUUCAAAGCCAGGUGAAAGUUGAGAAAGCUCACCUGGAAGAAGAAAUCGCAGAGCUAAAAAAGGGCCAGGCCAAGGACAAAGCUCAACUUCUCGAGAUGCAAGAGGCUGUCAAGGACUUGAGUGCCAUCCGGGCCGAUCUUGCUAAUAAACUGGCUGAGGAACAGAAAGCCAGGAAAGAGGUGCUUAAGACCCUUGCUGACCUCAAGACACAGGCGAAAUCUAGAGAUGAAGAAACAGCUACAAUCGUUACACAGUUAAAGCUAGAACGAGACGUUCACCAGAGGGAGCUGGAAGAUCUCACAUCAUCAUUGCAGAGUGUGAAAACUAAACACGAGCAGAACAUCCAGGAGCUGAUGAAGCACUUCAAGAAGGAAAAGAGUGAGGCUGAGAAUCAUAUUAGGACACUGAAGGCAGAAAGCAUAGAAGAUAAGAAUACGGCUAAAGUCCAUCGUUGUCAGCUAGAGAAGUUGAAAUCACAGUGUGACAGGCUGACAGAGGAAUUAACCCAGAAUGAACAGGAGAACAAAAAACUGAAGCUAAAAUAUCAGAGUUUGAAGGACCAGCUAGAAGAAAAGGAAAAGCAUAUAAGCAAUGAAGAAGAGUACUUAAGGAGGAUGGAAGAGGCCAGAUUGCAGCUCAAGGAUCAACUUCUUUGCCUGGAGACUGAACAGGAAUCCAUUCUUGGUGUCAUAGGAAAAGAAAUUGAUGCAGCUUGUAAAACCUUCUCCAGGGACUCGAUGGAGAAAUUGAAAGUUUUUUCAUCUGGUCCUGAUAUUAAUUAUGACCCACAUCGCUGGUUAGCAGAAAGCAAGACUAAACUUAAGUGGCUCUGUGAGGAACUGAAGGAGAGAGAAAACAGAGAGAGGAGUCUGCGGCACGAGCUGAUGCUGUGCAGACAACAGCUGAGGAGUAUGACCGAAAACAAGGAAUCUGAGCUCCAGUGUCUCUUCGAACAGAUAGAAAGACAAGAGCAGCUUCUGGAAGAAAUACAACAGGAGAAGAGAGAUCUCCUGGAGGAGACCCACAGAAAAGAUGAAGAAAUGGAAUCUCUGCAGGACCGUGUAAAUGCAUUAGAAACGAGUACCCGAGUGGCCUUGGACCAUCUGGAGUCUGUGCCUGAGAAACUGAGCUUACUAGAAGAUUUCAAAGACUUCAGGGAUUCCUGCAGUUUAUCUGAGAGAAUUGAUGGGAGAUAUUCUAAAUACAGAGUUCACAAAGAAUCUCUUCAGCAGCGCCGAGAUGAUACCAAGUACGGAGUCAAAAACUCCAAAGAUGACGGAAUCUUUGCUGAGAGUUCCCAUGCUCUUAGGUUAGACCACUCCCCGUCUUGGCCUGAUCGCGGUCACUUCCUGUCUAGUCCACGAUUUUCACACUUGAAUUCAUUUACCAAAAGAACAGUUACUCCAGAUUCACCUUCAAUCAAGGAAGAUGCCAGCAGUUUACCAAUGGAUGGGACAAGUCCACAGUCUAAAAAGGAGGAAUACGAAAGCAAAAAAAGCAAAAUGUAAUUCGUUGCUCUACAUGAGUGUUUCACAAAUAAUAGCAUAUCUGUCCUUGUUGCCGUCUGGCCUGGAUUAUCAAGCAGACGUAUCUACAGCUUCUGCUCUUUAGCAUUGCCAAACACUGACUAAAAUAACACUAUACUUGGUCUUUGGAAAUUAUAGAAGUUAAACUAAUCCAAGUAAUAUCAGCUCAUGAAUGGCAUACAACUAACUUAUUGGCAACUUAUACCAGCCGAGAAAGAGAGAUAUUUUUCACUUUGCAUUUUCCUUUUUCAGGCAUGGUCAGCCAGUUUUUGAACCAAAAUUUGGGUAUAUAAUUGGGAUGUUUUAAUAAUUACUGGCCAAACAGGAGGGAAAUGAGUUCCCCUCGAGGCAGAAGUUGUCAGCACUUUCGACUCAGGGAGUGUUUAUAUACAAUCGAUUUUUAAAAAUGCUUGCUCCCUAAUAAAUUAUCAUGUGUUAUAACAUGUCAUGGAGAUAUGCAUAUAUAAUACCAGACGGUCUGCUUUAUAAAUGCUCAGGAUUGUUACAUUCAUCAUCCCAGCAGUCUGUUAGUACAUGCAGUAUCUUAAAAUUUUAUUCCCAAUCAUCCAUUUUUAAUAGCAAUAAAGAAUUUACAAGUGAUACCUGAAUUGUAGAACACUGUAAAGAAUUCAUAGCACAACUUAUUUAUUUAUCUUUUUGUGGCCAAAUAUCUCACUGCAAUCACUUUGUCAUAUUCUGGACCAUCAUUGGUUUUACUCUCACCAGACUCAAAGUUCCCAGACUCCUGUGUCAUGAGAUUUACUCCGCAAGAGUUCUCUCAUAAUUCGGUACUAUCUACUUCAGCAUCUCAGCCUUCUUUGACAUCAAAGUGUUUUUAAGAACUUAUGCUCUUUACAUGCUAAUCUACCAGUGGAGAAAGAUUUCUAAUGAUGCUAAUGAAAGGUAAAACAACCAGGAGCUAAAUCCCACUGGGUCAUGAUGGAAAAUUCUUCAUGGAGACAAGGGCAAUAAAGCAAUGCCUUCGUAA